AUGCCACCGCUAUGUCCCAGAGCCAAUGCCACCGCUAUGUCCCAGAGCCAAUGCCACCGCUAUGUCCCAGAGCCUAGUGCCACCGCUAUGUCCCAGAGCCUAGUGCCACCGCUAUGUCCCAGAGCCUAGUGCCACCGCUAUGUCCCAGAGCCUAGUGCCACCACUAUGUCCCAGCGCUGAUCUCCAAGCUGCCAUAUGCCCCCUCACCCUGUCACAGAAAAAUCAAUGGGGUGUUGACAGAAAAUACAUCUUGUUUAAUUUCACCUGUCCUGUCCAGUGUGUCUCAGGUCCUCUAUAACCAGUCUUUAGGCUGUAGUGGAUGGAGUGUCUUUUGAUGGCUUCAGUGGUAGUGGAGGCUGCUGAGGGGAGGACGGCUCACAAUAAUGUCUGGAACGAAGCGAAUGGAAUGGCAUCAAACACAUGGAAACCAUGUGUUUGUUGUAUUUGAUACCAUUCCACUAAUUCCACUCCAGGCAUUACCACGAGCCCAUCCUCCCCAAUUAAGGUGCCACCAACCUCCUGUGUUCAGUAGUGUGGGUUUUAUUGUGUUAUAAAGCGGAUCCAACAGAAGAACCAGUAGUGUGACAGAGAGUUGAAAGAGUGUGGAAUAAUAAGUCUGUAGGAGGUGAGAAAGCAAACGGUCUCCUGGAGGCAUUUAUCAUCAAUCGCUAGAGCUGUUACCUUCUACAGCAGGCCCACAGUACCAUACGCCCCUGCAACAUCUUCUUCAGCUAGUCUAGCGUUGACACUUUCAAUAGGGAGAAUAAAUUGCUUAUUAUAAAGCAUGAUGUCAAUUUCCUUUGUUCUGCAGUUAUAUGUUGUGUUUGAUUAAAUUGAUUAUCAGAUGUCAGAUGCAUUAUUCUCUGAAUAACAGUUUGCCUUAUUACAAUUCUGAGCGAGAGCAAGAGAGAGAGAGACAGAGAGAUGAUGCUGUGUGAUUGAUGGGGCUGUCUCCUGCUGUCUUCAGGCUGUGUGGAUCUGGGAGUCAUGUCAAUGACAGGCGGACUCAUCUCGUCCAACUCUGUGUCGCUGCUGAGUGAGCCAGCACCGCGGCGUUGAGUGCUGAGCAGAGAGAGCACGAGGCCAGGCGUGUGGCUGGCGCCGAACAUGAGGCAGAACACAAGGCUGCUCUUAGAAAAACGAUGACACAAAAGAAAGCUGCGUCACAGCGCAUCAGUGCAUUAUUCACACACUCCAGUGGAAUGAGAUCAGUCCAGGGUCACAGUCCAGGGUCACAGUCCAGGGUCACAGAGGCUAGGUAGAGCUUCUGGAAUAUGAGGCUGGAGGAGAACAGCUAAAGUAAAGCUUUGUCUAUCACACAGUCAAUGUUUAUCUAUGAAAACAUAUAUACUUUUUUUCUCUCCAUGUCCUUCUCUAUAUGUUCUCUCUCUCUCUCUCUUCUCUCUCGUUCUUUCUAUCUAUCUCUCUUGAUCUCUCCUACCCAGCAUCCCUGUGGCCACGUCUCAGACCAGUGACCCGGGCCGCUUCAGUGGCGCCUCGGCCAGCUCCAGUGAAUCAGAGAGCAGCUCCGAGUCGGACUCAGACAGUGAGAGCAGCUCCAGUGACAGCGAGUGUAACGGGGCCUCCCGGACCGCCACCCCAGAGGUACAACACAAUCCCUCCUUACUGUAUUGUACCGGCACAGUCAGAUUUUUUUUUUUUACUGUGCUAUCCACCAAUACUCAACCAGUGUUAUACCAUAGGGGAAAACAUUGAUCCUAUUAUUUUGGGCUACAGAAACACUAGUACACCAUUUUGAUCCAGGGAUGAAAACCCUAUCUACACUAUCAUUUUGAUAGGAUUAAACUAGCAGACUUUAUUUUUCAAGGAAAAAGUGGUAGUAACUUUCCCUCUUUCCCGGUUGUUGCAGUUGAUGGUAGUAAAGAGACUUGGAGACUUGCAUGGCAGCUAAAGCAGCUCAUGUGCCAGGCAGAGUAAUAUUCCACAGAGGAGCACUCUGAGUGUUAGACCCGGGUAAAUAUUUACCACAGUGCAUUUGGGCGCCCUCUACAGGCCAUAUUACUUCCUGUCCACCAGGGAACAGCCAAUGGGAACAUCCAGGGGGCCAGGAAACGGGCCUGUCUGUCUUCAAGGAUGUCUCAUUCCCUCUCAAAGUGCACUCUACUGAUGUUUUACUAAAAACCCAGGAGUUCUCCGGAAGCCAUGUUAGAUUGUUAAUGUAUUAUUGCUGUGGUUCCUUUUAAGCCUAAAAUCCCCCCGUCCCAGAACAGCUUAAAUCCACCACCCCAACUGAUGGGAUGUAAAGGCUGGGGCUUUCAGAGAUGAAGACUGUAUGUGUUAGCCGGUUUUAAUGCUUCAUUCCUUAGUCAAUUCAUUUCCAGCACUUCCUUUCCGGAUGAUUUGCUAUCAUUUAGAUCAUUCAAGACAGUAUUUAUGAUUUCAUAUGAAACAUUUGUACUUGUCGAGGGGCAUAAUGGUAGAAAACAAACAAUGUGAGGUGGCAUGGUCGGAGACUAGCACAAGGACAAUAUGGGAGCACUACUCAGUCAUUCAUGAGUUUCUGAGAGUCUAUUUUAAUGGUCUCUUCAUCAUGACAUUGGCUCAUUGGUUUGAUAACAUAUAACUCUGAAGAGACAAUUGAAUUAUCACAUUUUACUUUCAUGAGUCAACACAGUGUUUUAUGAAGCUAUGUAGUCUACUAUCAAACCAAACUUGGAUCUAUCUACCUGUAAUUCUUUGUCCUUUCUUCUUCUUCUUUCCUCAUACAGCCUGAACCUCCAACAAACAAAUGGCAGCUGGAUAAGUGGCUGAACAAAGUGACCCCACAUAACAAAGCACUUAUCAGUAACCAGCCAGAGAGAGAGAGCCAUGGGCUCAGCAGCUCCCAGCCUGACCACAGCCAGCAGGCCCCUGGGAGCAAGGGCCCGGCCCCAGGGAAGAGCAAGCCUGGGCCCACCGUCCUGCUGGCCCAGACCGACGCCAAGGAACGGGCCCUCCUCAGCCCCAUCCGAGAGAAGGCCAAACCCAAGACUGGACCAAAGGUCUCAGAGGGCAAGAGUUCAAAGGUCAAGUCCCCAGUGGCGGUGGAGACGGCCCCAGCCAGACGCAGCAUUGGAAAGAAGCAGCCGAAGAAAGUGGAACGCUCGUCCAGCCUGGAGGAACACAGCUCCUGGUCCAAGCCCAUCAACACCUCCAUCAGCACUACCCCUAAGGAGAAGGAGCCUCCACCUCUUCUGGAGCCACCCAAGUCCAGGACCAAGGGCACCAGUGGGAAAGCUGCCCCUAGGAAGGAACCUCACACCGCCACUACCACUACUUCUACUCCAGCUCAUCCUCCCCCAGCCCCAGUCCUGGACAAGAAGAAGCACAGGGGGCCCAGCAAGAUCAUCCCCAAGUCCAAGGAGUUCAUCGAGACGGAGUCUUCGUCGUCUGAGUGCCACUCUGAACCAGAGGAUCUGAUCAAGGUCCCUAACCCUCCCUGCCCAGGUCCCAGCAGCCUGCAGACUCUCAAAGCAGCCAAGGACUGCAACAGCAAUAUCCUGAGUGUCAGUAGCCUUACCAGCACCUGCAGCACUUCCAUCUCCAUCCCAGACCCUGGUGUGGUUGGGGACCUACUGGAAGAACCCGUCUUCUUCCCUGUCCCCAUCGUCCAGAAUGAACUGCUGUCCCCUCUCAGGGACUUUGAGGACAUCAAGUCCCUUUGGGUGAAGAUCGAGCUGAGCUUCCUGUCUAGAAUCCCAGGACAGGACCCCCCUGAGCCCCCUCCUGUGAAGGUUGAGUCCCGGGAACCCUGGGAACCCAGCGCCAAGCACAGACGCCAGUCCCCUGCCAGUCUACAGUCUACCCCUGUUGAGAAACCCCCUAGCAAGGCCAAGAGGAAACACAAGGCAAGUGCAGAACCUUUCUCACUCUUUUUUUCUCUCGGUACUAGCUGGUAUUGGUAUGUAGGAUAAUGGUUGGAGUGUGUCCAUGGAGGAGCAGUGAGAACGUGCUGGUAGUAUGUUCAAUGCUGACUAUGCUAUUUGUGUGGUUGUUCUUCAGUCUGACCAUUGUGACGCUGUCGGCAGGAGCAAGAAGUUACGGUUGGAGAAAGACUCCAUGCUUCUUCCCCCGUGCAUCUCACCCAUUCACCACAAGAACAUGAGCACAAAAGAGUAA